UAAGAGCUUUUCAACAACAUCACUAAUAACCAAGAAUUUUCCCAAAGCAAUCAGAAUCUCCUGGUUUUCUGAACAGGGGAAGAAAACACGUUUUUACUUCAGCUUGAGAGGCAAAGAGAACACUGUGGGAGCUUGACACAAUUGCAGGGUUUUGCUGGGAACAUGGUCUUCAGGAGGAGUGCUCUCCCUUUGCUGUUGCUGCUUCAUUAUCUGCUUGAGAGAACCCUGGGGGUAGAGGUGCAGGAGCACGGGUACCUGCAGGAAGUUGUCAGGACCUUGGAUCUGCAUAUGGGAGCAGACAAACGGCCUCAGCUUCUGAAGAACAGCACCAGGGUCCUGCUCAGCACGCUCUUGCAGGCAGUGAACUGUGCAGAACAGACUGACACCUCUCAGGACGCCUGUGACAGGUGUCUAACCCCAGACAUAGCUCUGUCUGUGCUCGAGGACGAUGGGAAGGCAAAUCUCACAGAGGAGGACUUCCAGCGGAUGUCUGCUGUUCUUCUGUACUACAUUAUUAAUAUGAAAGACCUGUGUGGAUUAAGCUCCACCUCACCCCCCUUGUCCUCCACACCAUCCCUCAACUAUCAGUUCUACCUGUUGGCUCUCACCAGUCUGCACCCAUCUGAAGACAACCGCUUCCUAUCAUCCAGUGAAGCUGAAAGUAUUCUACUGCUCAUCAACCAGUACUACAACCCCACAAAACAUAACACCUCUGCUUCAUCUAAUUUCAAAUGCAUUGAUGCUACUCAUCUCUUCAAAGAUGUCAAUGUAAAAGAAACUCCAGGUGUUGGAACCGCUUCUGUGUCCAAACUGUCUGCAGCCAUCGUCAGCCAUAUCAUACAGGGCCACUGCUUCAGACAGAGGAGCCUCCCAUCCCCUGCUUUCUUCACAGAUUAUAUCUUCCACUCCCUAAAUCGCACAAGUAACCUCCAGAUUUUAGACUUGGAAGAGUUGCUUCAUCAGCUUGGUAUAGGACAUGAAGGAACCACAAAUUCUCACAGCAGGGAGAGGCAGAGCUUCACAGGGAGUUCACAGAAAGUUGCAAAGAAUCCAGUAGAUGGUUGCAUCCCAGAGACUGCGGGUAGAAGUAAAGACUGGACACAGGUGUGUUUUUCAGCCAACCAGCUGGUGGAUAUUUUUGCCCUCGUCUCUCAUUUGCCAAUUUCCAAAGAACACUUCAGACAAAUUUGUCCAGCCAUCGUUCAGCAGUUGCUAGGCAAUGCCUGUGAGUCAACAGAGUACAAACCAAGAGGAUCUCUGCCUACUGCGCUUGAGAAGUACGGCUACAGCACUGCUGCUGUCGUGAUCAUCACUCUUGGCUCCAUGUUGGGAAUCUGUUUGAUUUUCUUCAACUCCUGCAAGGAAACCUACAACCUUAUCCUGCAGCUGUUUGUGGGGCUGGCCGUGGGAACCCUCUCAGGAGACGCACUCCUGCACCUCAUACCACAGCUCCUUGGCCUCCAUGAUGACAGUCAUGCUGCUGUUGAGCACUAUACAGAAGAAAAGUGGUAUCUGUGGAAGAUGCUGGGCAUGAUCGCUGGGAUCUACGGCUUUUUCCUCACUGAAAGAAUCUUCUCCUUUGUAGUUCCAGCGCAUAGCCAUUGUCAUUCCAGUAAUCUUCCUUUGGAGUUGCGCUGCAGUGGUCAGACACAAAGGGGCAAGUCCAUUUCCACCAUACAGCUGGGACCUAUAGAAGAUAUGGAGUGUACAGAAAUAUCUCCAGAGGAUCCACACGUGAGGAGCCCAUCACAUCAGAGACAAGGGAUUCCUCUGCUGGCUGUGAUGGUAAUCGUGGGAGACAGCCUUCAUAACUUUGCAGAUGGCCUAGUUGUGGGAGCAGCGUUUUCUUCAUCAGCUGAGGCUGGCAUGACAACAACUAUAGCCAUCUUGUGCCACGAGAUCCCGCACGAGAUGGGGGAUUUUGCAGUGUUGCUCAGCUCUGGACUCUCCACCAAGAUCGCUGUGCUAAUGAACUUUCUCAGUGCUUUGACCGCCUUCAUGGGCCUCUACAUUGGACUGUUUGUGUCUGCAGAGAUAGAGGUGCAGCAGUGGAUCUUCAGUGUGACUGCUGGGAUUUUUCUCUACCUGUCACUGGUAGAAAUGCUUCCAGAGAUGAGUCGGGUGAAGACCGACAGGCCGUGUCUUAUGUUCCUCCUGCAGAAUCUUGGUCUCCUGAUGGGUUGGACCUGUCUUUUGCUCCUUGCACUCUUUGAACAUGAACUUGAAUUCUAGAAACGCAUCAUAUCGCAUAUAUAACAACUCUGGUAACUUCAUUUUCUCCCCCCAACCCAGUU